AUAAAUAGCUCAAGCUUCCCACACACAGUGGGCGGAUCAACAACUCAUACAAGCCUUUUCCUCAACAGUACAUCUCUUUCUAAGCUUCCGUCCAUCGCGUCCAAACGUACAGUAUGUGACCACAGCGAUAAUCUAAGGUUUUGAAGAAUCUUACAUGCUCUAUAUCUGCAGUUUCCAAGGGUGUUGCCGUUCCCAGGACCUAUCAUUUACAAAAGCUUUUAUUCAGUGACCUAUAUCCAUACAGUGUCUCCCAUUGGAGUCAUUUCUGGAAAUCUAGUAGCGUGUGAAAUGAUAUAUGACAGCUUACUAUAAGCUGGACCUGUAAGAAAGCAUUAUAGGACGAAGGUCAAGGUCACAGAAAACAACAUGAAUGUUGACAAUCUCAGCACAUACAGCGUCCCUGUUGAAGCUCUGGUACCGAGAGCUGGAGGAGCCGGUGAUUCCUCACGAGUUUUAUGAGCAGUGUGUGAUGAACUACGACAGUCCUGCGGCCGCGGUCAGCGUCGUCCUCAACCUCCCUCACAUCAACAAACUGGUGCUCUGCUACCUCAUCCGAUUCCUACAGGAGGCUAUUGGUGAGAAACAAGUGAGACUACUGAGAGACAGACAUGAUGGAGGGAGAGAUAACCCGGAGUGAAUCUCAUGAAGAAAUGUCUGGGUCAUAUUUCACCACAAAAUACAAAAUAUGAGAAAUUAUGCACAAUAUAUAUACAGUCAAACCAAACUUUAUUCAGACACCUUCAACAU